AUGAGCCACUUUGUUAGUGAGAUCGUUCGUUACGCACUCUACAAUUCCAGCCGCGCUGCUGCGGACAGUCUCUCACUCCGCAAGGCUACGACAACGGCUUUGUUGAUGGGGGUCACGUACUGCAUUAUGAUCGGCAUCUACCGCCUCACACUCCAUCCGCUCGCAAAGUAUCCCGGCCCUAAACUAGCAGCAGUGACGCGUCUGUGGCACUCGUACCAUCUAUGCAGGGGAGACAUUGUUUCAGCCCUUGCGCGAGCACACGAAAUACAUGGACCAGUCUUGCGGAUUGCGCCAGAUGAGGUGCUCUUUACCUCAAGUCGCGCAUGGGACGACAUCUACGGUGCGCGGCCAGGGAAGCCCGAGAUGGAGAAGGAUACCCCCCUCUACAAAGGCCCCACUGCGCCACAUUCAAUCGUGACGGUGGAUGGCGAGCUUCAUCGCUUGUACCGCCGUCUGCUGGUCAGGGGGUUCUCGGCUACUGCGUUGCGAGAGCAGGAGCCAGUGAUCCAACGCAACAUCAAUCUACUGAUAGAGAAGCUGCAUGAAGAAGUAACAGCCGGAAAGACACCUGAAAUGACGGCUUGGUUCAACUAUGCGACAUUCGACCUGAUCGGGGAGCUUGCAUUUGGCGAAACCUACGGGUGCCUCGAGAACUCACACUACCACCCUUGGGUGGAAAUGAUUCUGGAGGUGAUGAAACUACGCGCUGUGACACAUGCUGUGGGGUACUAUCCAUGGAUAUUCCAUCUCCUGAUGUGCUUCGUCCCCAGGUCCCUGCGUGAGAAAUUCGUCACACACCGCAAGUGCACCCAUGACAAGGUGCAGCGUCGAAUGGAACGAAAGAUCCAUUACAAGGACCUGGCCACCGACCUGUUCGAUCCACAAAACGGGCUGGAACGAUACCAGAUCGAUGGGAUCUGCUCCACCCUCAUCAUCGCCGGCAGCGAAACGACAUCCACUGCUCUGAGUGCCACGCUGUACUUCCUGACGCAGAACGAAAAUGCCAAGCGCAGAGUGAUUGGAGAGAUCCGGAGCAGAUUCAACCGCGUUGGAGAUAUGAACUCGAUCCGCGUGAAUCAGCUGCAGUAUCUGAGCGCAUGCAUCAACGAGGCGCUACGGAUCUUCCCUCCCGGUCCGGCUGUCUUUCCACGCCGUGUCCCUCAGGGUGGCGAUUUCAUCGACGGGCAUUGGAUCCCUGGUGGUACCCAAGUGGGGAUUGCGCACUUUUGCAUCAAUCGAAGCCGCCGAAACUUCAUCGACCCAGACAAAUUCAUCCCGGAACGAUGGCUCGGGGAUGUCGCGUACCAGACCGACGAUCGCCACGCCAUGCAAGCGUUCAGCUACGGUCCUCGUAACUGCAUCGCUCAUAAUCUCGCCCAUUUGGAGAUGCGCCUGGUCCUGGCUCGGCUGAUCUGGGAGUUUGAUUGGGAACUAACCCCUGGAUCGGAGGGGUGGGAAGAUGCGUUGGUCUUCAAUGUCUGGAGGACCAAGCCGUUGAAGAUUAAAUUUACCCCGGUCAUACGCUGCGGUCCGAGAGAGAGGAUAGAGGUGAAGGCAGCCUGA